AUGGCCGCGCCCACUCCUCCUCAGCACCCAGGCUCGCCGGACUCUGGCCCGACGGAUCCCACACUGCCAAAGCUGCCCGCCGGCUGGAUAGCGCAGUGGGACAACUCGUCUCGCAAGUACUACUACGUUCAGAUCAGCACCGGCGUGUCGCAAUGGGACCUCCCCACUACCGAGGCGCCUAUCGGCGGCGGCUCUCACGCGAGCACCCCCGCGCACAACACGAACCCAUACGACAAGCCUGAUGGCACCCAGGGCCCGGGAGCUGGCGAUGGGACAAGAGGCAUCGACGGACCGACGGGCGACCGCGCGGGAGGGCUUGGGGGCUUCGCGCUCAACCAGCUCAUGGGCGGCAACAAGCAGGGCCACGGCGGCGGAGGCUCCGGCAACCUCGUUGGCCAACUGGCAGGCUCGCUGCUGGGCGGCGGCAAGCAGUCGCAUGGUAGCGGAGGCUCGAGUGGUGGCUCCAGCAACCUCGUUGGCCAGCUUGGAUCGUUGCUAGGCGGCGGUGGAAAGCAAAACCACGCGGCUCCAUCGGGAAGCCAUGGCUCCAGUUCUGCCGGCGGAGGCCUUGGUGGCCUGCUAGGAAGCGUCAUGGGCGGUGGAUCUCACAGCAACCCUCCCAGCGGCAACAACAACUACGGUUACAGCCACAACGCCCAAACUACGCAAGGUGGCACCUACAACGGAAGCGCACCGCCAACUUCUUACAACCCCUCCGGCGGCCAGCACGGCGCGCCUUCCUCUCAACACAGCUACUCCUCCCCGCAACCUGGGCAGUACGGUCAGCAGCAGCACCAAGGCCAACAAGGAGGCUAUGGGCAGCAUGGCUCGGCCUACCCACCACAACAGCAGCAGCAAAGCGGGUACGGACAAUCCGCCGGUUAUGGUGGCAGCUCAGGUCCAGGAUACGGUGGUUCUCAAGAGAGGCCGUAUGGGCAGCAAGCUGGAUAUGGCGGACCGGCUGGUUCCUACGGCGGGCAUCAAGGUGGUCAUGACCCAUACGGGGGUUAUCAGGGUGGCCAGGGAGGUCAAUCCAACUAUGGACCGCCUUCGGGCUACCAGGGUGGCCAACAGGGAGGCGGACACCAGCAAUACCCUCCUCCUCCGCAGGGCAAUUACGGCCCGCCUUCUGGCCACACACCGCAGCCCGGAUGGCAGUAAACCAAAUCCCAUGAUAUGAGGGACUUUGCAGCUUCGGGACAAGAACGAAUGCUGCGGUAGACGAAGCAGACAUGCAUCGCGU